AUGCCUGGUACCUAUUCACACAUAGACAUGCUAUCCGGCACUCUGUCAGCCAGAUCCUACCUUGAGCUAGGCGAAUUAGCUCCAGGGGCUGAAACACCACAAAGCUUGGACUCAGCCCCAGGGACCCCUCUAGAGGCUGAGAGCAGGUCGGGCCCGCACUUACGACCCAGACGGAGACAGACAAAGUCGGAGAAGACCGAGACGGGUCCAGCAUCCGUACGUAAGCGAGGCCGACCUAGGCUGGAGACAGCUAAAGAUGCCGCUGCGAUCGAAGAACGGCGCAUGCAAAUCCGUCGCGCACAACGUACCUACCGAGAGAAGAAAGAAUCCACUAUCAAAACACUCAAAACGCGUGUAGAUGUGCUGGAACAGGCACUCCAAAACGUAUCCGACCUACUCACGGACAGCUCGUCAAUUCCACAUGACCAAAUUCAAACCAAACAACUCAUCUUAGCUGAAAUUAACAAAGCCCGCUCAUUCUCGGAUGAGACUUUUUCACAUAAUAACCCUGAGUCUCUCCGCGAUAUAUUCGGAUACAAUGUCUCUCCCCAAUACACAUCACUCUGCAGCUCUAAAUCCAGCGCCGGAUCCAUUCCCAGAUCGCCCUCCCCACUUCUAAACCGCCUCUUUCCCGAAACAACGAUCUAUACCUACAGCCACCAGGAAUCGGAUCUAUCCCGCCGCCUUCACCGCUUCUGUCUUGAACACACAUACCGCUGGCUGACAGAUCCACAUUCCGACCCUGUUCUCAUGACCCGCGUCUUUGGCCUCCUUCCAUGCAUCCAUGACAUCCCCGGCGUUUGCCGGAACUUUCGACGCAUUCUUCGCUCGGAAAUCGGUAAUCCGCUCGAGAGCUCCAAGCUUCCAUUUUAUACACUUGGCGGCGCGGGGACCCAUUUUCCUCGUGCUGAUGAGCCUAAGAAUGUGCGCAGACCGGGGAAGAUCUUGCGGAGGUUAGUGAGGAUUAUGAAGAGGGGUGGCAUUCAAGAUUGGGACGAGGAUUGGAGUGGAGAUGUUGAGCUUGAUGAGUUGGAGAUGGCGGUUAGUACGGAGAAUCGGAUGCGCGCGCUUGAUCUUGAUGGCGAUUGGUUCGAUUGUCGUGAUGUUCAAGGGUAUCUCGAGUAUUGUGGUGUUGUCCUUGAUGGGUCCUCGCUGUUGCUGGAUGUACCUGCUCAGACGGUUGGGGAUCUUUAUAGGGGGUCUAGGUCAUAUGGCUUGAGUGGGAACUCGGGUGACAUGGGCCACUGGGGGUCUCCGGACCAAUCUACUUACGUGCUAGAUGUAGAGUGUUUUUUCAACUUGUUGUUGGUCAACUUGAGGAUUCUAGGCCGAGCCCCUGGAUUUCGACGAUGGGAUGUGGACGCGGCUCUGCGGACAUCGAUCCACCGGCGGUCCUUUGGUUAG